UAAAAAAAAAACACGAAUUCAUUUUGACUUAUUCUCCUGUCUUUUCCGCCCAUUAAAACCAAAAAAACGAAUUUACACGAGAACACGCUUCUCCCUUCUUCUUCUUCUUCGUUCAACCACCCACAAUCUGAGAUUCCGAGACUACCGCCGGCGAAACCCAAUCGAACGUAAACCCACUUCCCCAAUUCGAUUCCGCUUCCAUUUCUCUUCUCAGUUCCUAACCUUUCUGUGUACUCUUUCCAUGGGAUGGUCACAAAGAACUCUCAAAGGAGCAAUCUUGGCGUGACCAAGUCCAUGAACUUCUUUCAAAAAAUCAUCAAACCUUUCAAACGCAGCUCCAAUCGAGGUCUAGAAGACGAUAUCGAUAGAAUCUCUGCUCAGGAACAGAAAGUUUUCACCUUUCAGUCCCUAGUCUCCGCUACCAAAGAUUUCAACCCGACCCACAAACUCGGCGAAGGUGGGUUCGGACCGGUCUUCAAGGGAAGGUUACCUGACGGGAGAGAGAUAGCAGUGAAGAAGCUAUCUCAGGCUUCAAAGCAAGGGGACAACGAGUUUGUCAACGAGGCCAAGUUAUUAGCUAAAGUCCAGCAUCGGAAUGUCGUUAAUCUCUGGGGUUAUUGCACACACGGAGAGGAUAAACUCUUGGUUUACGAGUACGUCGCAAACGAGAGUCUUGACAAGGUCCUCUUCAAAUCCAAGAGAAGAUCAGAGAUAGACUGGAAGCUGAGGUUUGAGAUCAUAACUGGCAUUGCUAGAGGACUUCUCUAUCUCCAUGAAGACGCCCCAGACUGCAUCAUCCAUAGGGACAUCAAGGCUGGCAACAUUCCGCUUGAUGAUAAAUGGGUUCCUAAGAUUGCUGAUUUUGGGAUGGCUAGACUCUAUCAGGAAGACGCUACACACGUCAACACUCGCAUUGCAGGAACCAAUGGUUAUAUGGCGCCGGAGUAUGUAAUGCAAGGUGUUCUCUCGGUAAAAGCAGACGUAUUCAGCUUUGGAGUUGUGGUUCUUGAGCUCAUCAGUGGCCAGAAGAACUCUAGUUUUAGUAUGAGACACGCUGACCAGACUCUUCUUGAAUGGGUAUAUAAGUUAUACAAGAAAGGCAGGACCAUGGAGAUACUAGACUCGGAGAUAUCAGCUUCUGCUGAUCCGGAACAAGUCAGACUCUGCGUUCAGAUCGGUCUGCUCUGUGUUCAAGGUGAUCCUCGUAAGAGACCAACUAUGAGACGGGUGUCUUUGCUUCUCUCGAGAAAGCCAGGGCAUCUAGAGGAACCAGAGCAUCCUGGUGUCCCGGGGUCUAGACACCGCCGUCGAACUCAUCGUCCUACAGGAGCAUCCUCGGUUGGAACGCUUUCGACCACUGGAUCGAGGACAGACUCGUUUGGUUCGAACUUGAACACACACACUGGAGGAUCCAACACAGGAACAGGUAAAGCUACUCCAGUUUCUUCUAGGACUCCGACUCCUACGAGGACUCACGCUACUAGAAGUGUAGGUGCUGCCAGCUCUAGCUCAGACCCUCAUGGGAAACGUCAUAUGAGUUAUUAAGUACAUUAAUCAUGUUAAAUAUUUGAUUGUAAAUGACUAUUGACUAAAUACUAAUAUUAGCGAGGUUUUUUUGGUUUGCAAAGUAAAUUAUUAUUUUUGAACUCUGGUUGUGGCUUUACUUGUUUGACAGGGUUUAUAGUACUGUAUGAUAUUCAUAUAAAUUAUUUGUUACAAUAAUAUCCU